AUGGAAUUGCCAGAACACAACAAAGCCACGUCGAUAGACUCGAUGCUACCGGCACAUCAGCGACGUACAGGGCGAAUUGGCAGUCUCCACGAAUUUCAGCAACGUGCAGCUCUUUAUAAUGGCGUCAAUAAUGGCAAUGAGACUUGUGAUGAUGAUAAGAUUCCCAUCUCUGCUCUACUAAGGGACGAGUAUAAUGUUUCCUCCGUCUCGGAUGCUUACGUUGAUGUUGCGCCUGAUCGACGUGGUAGUGAUGGAUCAGACUUUUUUGAGUCGUUUCAAAAGUAUGGUGGAAGAAGAUCGAUCUCAAGUGUAUCUCUCUUUGGCGGUGAAAGAAGUCGAGCUUCGGAUAAAUGGUCGUAUUAUCGUCGACAACUCAAGGCAGUUUGUUUUCUAAUCCUCUUAGGUGUUAUUGGAGGACCUAUGAACUAUGGCAUUCGAGUAAUGUACGUGCACCUCCUAAUAUUGAGACAAUAUCUUGCUGAUCAGGCCCCUGACUAUGCAUCGAAACUCGCCGUUUGGACAGCACACACUGUGACUUUCUCAGGACUUGGGCUAUUCUUCACUCAAUUGGCACCAGUUUCUGCCGGGUCAGGAAUCUCUCAGAUGAAAUCAAUUCUUACGGGGAUCGACCCGCGAAUGUAUCUUCCUGGCUAUUUUGACUUUUCCACAUUUCUCGCCAAGGUUGCCGGCUUGGUGUGCUCCGUUGGUGCCGGUCUAAUUGUAGGUACGGAAGGAGCCUUCGUACACAUCAUGUCGAUCGUCACGCACCACUUACUCAAAACACCACUGUUUAAGGGAUUUAGUGUGCAUCUUAACGGCCGACUUCAGCUUCUGGCUGCCGCAUGUGCUGUGGGUGUGUCGUCCGUGUUUUCGUCACCGAUCGGUGGUGUACUUUUCUCCUUGGAAGUUACAUCGACGUACUAUCUAACAUCAAAUUAUAUCAAGGCCUUCAUUAGCGCCGUAUCAGGAGCAGUGAUGCUACGCUUGACGCUAGUGUUGGCUAAAAGUGAGUCAAAUCUUGCGACGCAGGCGGUAUUGCAGACUAAAUUUCCUCCCAGUCCGUUCAGUAUCUGGGAAAUUCCUCUCUACGUCCUUCUUGGCGCCGUACUUGGAUUGAUUUGUACGGCAAUGAUGUGGUUCUUGCGCAAAAUUGCUGAGUGCAGGAGUGAUUUUCGAAAAUCGUCGCAGAAAUGGAAAAAAAUAUUCGUUACGUGGAUUGACCCGCUUGUUGUGUCCAUCUUGACGGCUGUUUUGACUUUCGUACCUGGAAAAUAUGCUCAUCAAAACUCCAUGAACGACCUUGCCGUUUUGUUCACUGAGGGAAAGCUGCCGGCAGCAUGGCAGGUGGUGUCCAAGUACUAUGCGCUUUCGGUUCUGUCGGCUGUUUUCAUUUUCUUGCUCCCAUUGUGCAUCACUUUGAAGAUUCCCACUGGAAUUUGGGUACCAACGUUCAUUGCUGGCGCUUCAUUUGGGCGCAUGUUUGGAGAAAUCGUUGCAACUCUGUUUCCUAGUCUAAAUAUUAUUCCUGGCACGUAUGCGCUGGUUGGAGCUGCCGCAUUUGGGACUGCUGCAACCCGGGCAGUCUCUGUGGCAGUCAUUACACUGGAAAUUACAACAGCAAUGUCAAUGACUCUUCCACUAUUCUGUGCAACACUGGCAGCACUAGCAACCUCAAAUAUAUUCAAGGAAAAGUCCGUUUACGACACACUGUUAAUCGUAAGUGGUAUACCAUUCCUUCCUCUGAUCGACUUUGAACCGACUAUGGCAGCAGGCGACAUUGUGGAACCGUGUUUAGUUUACAUACAAAAACGAACAACAAUCGCUCGCAUUUUGCUUGCACUCCAGCGUUUACCACAUCAGGAGAUUCCGGUAGUGAAAGAUGAAGCAACGAUGGUUUUACUGGGUGUUGUAAGUGGAUCGCAGUUGCGAAGGUUUGUGCGAAAUCACUACGCGACAAAUAAUCUCGGCGGUAUUGAUGAAGACCUUGGUGAAAAGCCUCAGAAGGAUGCGACGUUACUGUCAUGGGCUACAUUGAAGGAUAAACUCACGCAUCAUACUUUGGCUGCUAACAUUGGAGGUUUUAACGGAAUUGGUUCGAUUGAUAUCACUUACAACAUCUUGUCAACGCAACAACAUCAUCAUGUGAUUAAAGAUGGAGCUCAACUUCCAUUUGUCAUGGAUGAUUCGAAAAUGUUAGGGCUCUUGAAUGAAGGUUGGGAGAGUCCAAAAGCGAAAAAGCUUAAUGUUCCUGUGAAGAUAACGGAAGGACAUAUUUGUAUUAUCCGUCCCAUGGCAAUGACGAUUUCAAGUAAUACACCUUUGGACGAUCUUCACAUGAUUUUUACAAUGUUACGAUGUGAUCAUUGUUUUGUAUGUGAUCAUGGAGCUUUAAAAGGUGUUGUUACGACCAAAGGACUUUUACGCUCUGGUAAAUUUGCUGCAUCGACAUAG